AUGCGACCGAAUAAAAUUCGUCGCCUCGAAGGGAGCAAAGCGAGGGUGACAGGUCACGGGUGCGGCACCGGAGUCGUCGAUGUGGCGAUGGCUUUCCUGUUUUAUGACGGGGGUGCGCCUCGGUGCGGGCGCGGCGCUAAUUUCGAUAAAAGCAUCGGCCGGCCGCUCCCGCAGUGGCCCGUGGGCCGUGGCGCAGACACCGCCGAUCUUCUAUCUCUAUCUUAUUCAUAUUUAUUAGAAGUAAACAAAACCGGCUCCGAAGAUCGCAAAUAUUGGACGUAG